CUGUUUCAGGUACUUUCUACGGCUCAGCCAUGUUUGGGCGGAAAUAUUCCCGAUUUGGCGGUUCUUGAAGCAGUUUUGUAUCGUCCUCCUCCACCACCACCACCACCACUUCCUGCUCCACCUCCUGCUACUGGUCUCGGCCGAGGAGGAGUUAGGCAACCUUCUUCUUCCAGCAACGAGGAGGAGGAAUGUGGGGCAUCUCUAGACAUGGCUGCUAUGGAACCUAAAAUGGCAGAGGUGGCACCGACAGAACAGCAUGCUUUGAGCACAGAGUUUGUAAUAGCUAAACCAGCUGCUAUUCCCUCUGAUGGAGCGGAGCAUAAGGUAACCAUUGGAAUCGUUGACCUGUCUCCGCAAAUGGUUCAUCAAUGCGUGCCAUCGAAAAAUGCAAGCGCGUUCCUAACUGCACUGGCAGUGAACGACUCAAAACUUCCCUUUCUGCCUGGUGUGGCCACAGUAUACUUAAACAACAGCUUUGUGUCAAAGGUACGAACAAGUUUUACUUUGGAGGCAGUGUCCGAGCAAGUAUGGCAGGUUCUUUACAAGAGAGGCACAAGACAACUCGCUAGUCCGCAAAAAUGA